AUGUCGCACUUGACAAACCCACUCGCCACGGCCGCACAGCUGGCCCGCUGCCGUGACCGCGCCGCGGCGCUGCAGCUGCCCAGCGAACUGCUCGACGCCGUCUUCUUCGCGACACAGCGCUUGACCCAGGCCGCCGGCUUGCUGCUCGAGCUGCCACAGUCGACGACGGCGCGGGCCAACGUCCUGCUGGCGCGGUACUGGGUGCAGGCGCCCGGGUUCGACGUUGCCGCGUCCCGCGCCACGGACUACCGCCACGUCUCGGCCGCCGCCGUCUACCUCGUGGCCAAGACGGGGCCGCUUCCACGAUCGGCCCGGGACAUUGCCAAUGUGUACCACUAUCUGGCAGUGGCCGGUGCUGCAGAAGGCACAGCCGGCGGGGCGAGCAGCGAUACCGAGUACGCCGCUUUCCACACGCACGUUCUCGCCUGCGAGACGCGCCUGCUGGACGUGCUCGCGUUUGAAACGCAUGUCGCCUUGCCCCAUCCUCUCGCCAUCACGUACCUGCAAACCCUCAGCUUCCUGGGCGACACCGGCCCGCCAGCCGACUCGGCGCUCGCCCACCGCGCCGUCCAGUACCUCAACACGGCCCUGCUGUCGCCGCAGCUGCUGUAUGUCACGCACCAGCCGCACGAACUGGCUGUCGCGGCUCUCUACAGCGCGGCGCGCGACAUUGGCGCCCGUCUGCCCGACGCGGCCGGUCCGUGGUGGGAGGUCUUUGACGUCGACCGCGAGACGCUGGGGUUUUUGGCGGUGGCGCUGCGCAGCGUGGCCUCGUGGGCGGCAGCAGCACAGCAGCAACAGAUAGCGCCGGCUCUCUUUGCGUCGGUUGGUAGCGGCCUGACCAAGAAGAGUGUUUAUGCGCAAGCGCAACGGGCAGGGGAGGAGUGA